AUGCUGGUAUCCCAGAAGCCUGUGCAGUCGGUCGCUGUCAUGGUUCUCGUAGUCUUCACAGUCAGUCGCUGUCAGGAGAAUGAAAGGUAUGUGACUGGUUCCUCUAAAGCAGGGGUGUCAAACUCAUUCUAUGGAGAAAUGAGAGACGUGAAAAUAAAAUAAUCUCCUUUAUCAUAUUUCUAUCACACUGUUGUCUGAACACAUUACUGUACUCCUCUCCCUCCCUGCUCAUAUCUCUGCCCUCCUCCACCCCUCCCCUCCUCUCCUUUCCUCUCCUCUCCACCCCUUCCCUGUCCCCUCCUCUUCUCUCCAGCAGGCGAGCGGUGACAGAGCACCAGCUGCUGCAUGACCGUGGGAGGACCAUCAAGAGCCUGAAGAGACUCAUCUGGUUGUCCAGCGCCAUAGAGGGGCUCCACACCGCCCAGACCCGCUCCUCCUUCCUGCUGUCCCCCGCUGCCCUCAACCCCAUCCAGGGCUACACCCCAGGCCUCUCCCCUGCCCUCAACCCACACCCUGCUGGCUCUCAGUCUGGGGAGACCAGCAACAACCACAAGGGGUCAGUGGAGAGACUUAUGAGAAACUUAUUCGACCCCCACCUCAUGGAACUCUCUGAAGGGGAACCAUAG